AUGUUGGUUAAGGAAAAAGAUGUAAGGCGAAAAGAUGGCUGUGGUUUUCAAAAUGUGGAGAAACCAUCAAAAAAGAUUGAUGUUACUCUAAUGUACUUCUCUGUGAAAGAAACAGGCAAAACUUCUGUUUUUGGUAGUGUGAUUGACAGAUGGUGUUCAGACCUCCUACUUCAUGGUAAGAAAAUCUUCCAUGAAGAUGGGGAAAAUUCAUAUGAACAUAAGUUUAAAAAAUGGGCCACAGUGGAGCUUGAUGGUACUGUUAAGGUGCCAAUUAAUAGAUUUAAUAGCAGGAUGACUUUUGUCCCAGUCUCUUUGGCUCAGGGUCUGGGUGUGCUCACUCAUCCAGGCUGUUGGAAUCUACCCCCUGAGGCUGGUACCAUUGCUCUUGUGAGGAAAAUGAUUUCAGACUGUCAAAUUCAUGCUACGUGGGUUGGUUUGUCUGCGCCCACCGAGAAGCAGGCACCAAGAUGGGAUGAGGCAUGCCAGACAUUUAUUGCUGGAAAUGUCUGUGACAGGGUGAUGGUAGCUGGUGAUGCUGGGAGCCUUCUGGCAUCCCCACUGGAGGCUGUGGUCUCAGCAGUUAUCACAAAUGUUGCUGAUAGCUGGAAAAACGGUAUCACUUGUCCCUUGAAAGCAGCAUUUCCCAGUAUAGCUUAUACCUUAAGGCAGUAUCUUUUCUGGAGCACCUGCCUGGGUUCAGUUUGGCCGUCGUUACAGACAAUUUUUGUUGGUGAGUCAAGGGUUCUAGAAAUCCAGUUGGAGGCUACUUGGCAAUUGGCCCUUGGAAGAGAACACAGCACGGAGCGGAGGGACGACCCAACCUUGGCCGAGGUGCGGGGACUGGAGAGAGCAGCCAGAAAAGGGCCAGCGACCGGCCCCAGGACAGCCUGGGCGGCGGCCUCCCGGGAUCUCUCCGUCUUUAUUUGCCCCUUCUUCCCUCCUCUCCUCCCCCUUACCUCCCGGCCUAAAACGGGGCCGGCGCCUUUAAGAGGGAGCUUUGGUUACCCUGGGGGCGGGAAGCCCUCUGCAGAUCGCGAGGCGGCGGCUCCCGGCCGCGAUGCUCCUCACUUUCUGCUCCAGCUCCCGUCGCCGCCGCCGCCGCCGCCACCUCCUCGUCGUCCCCCUCUGCCCGCAAGCGUUGUUCUCUGCAGCGGAGGAGAGAAGUGCUAUGUCAGGAAAGUUCCGGGAGGGACUGGAUGGGGCCAUGCUCCCGGGGCUCUUCUGCAGGCGCCCGCGCGCUGCCCUUUGUAUGAGGCAAAUGGAUUCCUGUGGGAGAUGGAACUCUUUGUCCAUUUUCCAGAAUGUGUUUCCAAGCCUGUCAGUGGAACCUGACACAGCUGUUUUGUGUUG